AACCACCCUAGAAUAAAAACAGAGGUUGUCUUGUAUUGCUCAACGAAUCUGUUUUUCUUCUUUGACCCACAUCUUGCUUAUAGCAUUGAUUCUGUCAGUUACGUGGAACUGUCUGCUUUAGUCAUUAAAUCUACACUUGUAUCGAGAUAGCAACGUUAGAAGCAGCGGUCAUUUCACAGUUGCAUCAAUUCAAAAAGGACGAAACACAAAGGGAAAGAAGGAUUGGUGGAUGAGGUUGGCACUUUUGCUAGUGAGCUGCUUAAACGCAGCCAAAGUGAUGGCAUGGGACCCGCUUGGAUGGUCUCCCAACUACUUUGAGCCAGGACAGGCUGUUGAUCUGUAUGUGAAUAGGGUCGAGUCUGACACAACACAGUUGCCGUAUGCCUACUACGACUUGCCCUUCACAUGUCCGCCUAAGCCUGAAACUAAACCUCUGCAUUUGUCAUUGAACGAGGUCAUCAGAGGUGAUCGUAUAUGGGAGUCCGAUUACAUAUUGAACUUCAUGGAGGAUGCCCCAUGUCAUCGUCUGUGUGAUCGUUUAACACGUCCUGAAGGACAGAGAAGGGCCGAUCAGCUUAUCAGAAGUGGAUACGUUGUUGAGUGGUUAAUCGAUGAGUUACCAGGUGCGACGACCUUCAUCAGUUCCACCGAUAAGAAGAAGUAUUACGCUUCGGGCUUCCCUCUCGGAUUCGUAAGAAAUGGGAGAACAUUCAUACACAACCAUGUGAUGAUGGUUAUCAGAUAUCACAAGGAGAAAAAUGGUAAGUACACCAUUGUUGGAUUUGAAGUUUACCCAAGAAGUGUCAGUGAUUUCCAUUGUCCGGGUGCGUCUAAGAACUUUGACAAUUUUGAACUCGAUGUUGAUGCAAAGGAUACCAUUCUCAUACCAUUUACUUAUUCGGUAUACUGGAGAGAAGAAUCUGCGAUAAGCUGGAACGAUAGAUGGAAACUGUUUUUCAAGAGUGAAGUCGAUGACGACGAAAUGCACUGGAUCUCAUUGGUGAACUCUUUAGUCUUGGUCGCAUUCUUAUCAACGGUCGUUGCAGCUGUACUCUUAAGAACAUUGAAUCGUGAUAUUCAAACUUAUAACAGUCUGGAUAUUGCAACUAAUGGCAUUGCAGUGGAAACAGAUGCUAAUGACUACACAAAUUCUGGAUGGAAGCUAAUCUCAAACGAUGUUUUCAGAGAACCUUGGAGCUCAGUGUUCUUGUGUCUCUUGUUGUCAUCCGGUGUCCAAGUGUUCUUCACAAUCAUUGGUGUAUUAAUAGCAUCAACUACUGGAUUAAUGGGUCCGAAUGUGAGAAGCAGCAUCCUCAGUACGUCAUUACUGUUAUUCAUUGUCGGUGGAUGUGCUGCUGGCUAUUCUGGUAUCAGAUUUUACAAAAAUUUCACCCAGGAAUUGUUUGUCAAACGCAGUUUUGUAUUGUCCUUGAUCUUUGGUGGUUUCUUACCAUUUGUUGUCUUAGUCUCUGUCUUGAUACUGAAUUGUAUCGUAUGGGCGAAAGAUUCAUCAACGGCGUUGCCAUUUGGAACUGUGGUACUGCUCAUCUUUUUCUUCUUGACCUUAGAGAUGCCAUUGUCGGCAAUUGGAGGGUUUAUUGCUAAUCGUUCAGCACCUUCAAAGAUCAAUGCAAACCUCUCCAAACCUAUCAGAUCCAUUCCAAGACAACCAAAGUUCACGUCAUAUAUCUAUGCCAUACCAGUUUUCGGUCUCUUGCCGUUUGGAACCAUAUAUGUUGAGUUAUUAUUUGUCUUCAGAUCCGUGUGGCUAGAAAAGACCUCUUUCUACUACAUGUAUGGCUUCUUAUUGUUCACCAUCUUGUUUUUGAGCGUCAUUGUUAUGGAGAGUGUUAUCGUUUCCAUAUAUGUAUCCCUAACAUAUGGAGACUAUAGAUGGCAAUGGAGAUCGUUUAUAGUUGGUUCCAGCGUUGCUUGGUACGUCGAAGUGUACUCCAUAUAUUACUUCUUUGUCUACCUAAAGGUUACUGACUUCAGCUCAAUAAUACUUUACUUGUCAUAUACCACAAUCCUAAGCAUUCUGCUAGGUUUUGCAUUUGGUGCUUUGGGGUUAUAUUCUGCAUCUAUAUUCAUCUACAGAAUAUACGGUGCUAUCAAGGCUGAGUGAAUGCAACACCGAGAGCAUGGACCCAACAACGCAUAAAUUGUUCUACAACAAUCACAUAUACCUGUGUAUAUAUAACAGCACAUAAACGUUAAUAAUAACAAUGCU